AUGGGUUCCUCCACUAAGGUCGACUCAAUCGUCAUAGAUCUCACAGACGCUAACAAUGAGCCUAGCAGGGUAGAAUGUGAUGGUUUCUCUCUAUGUGGCAUAAUUGCCAAAGAGAGAGACUCCGAUCCUAAAAAAUAUUGGCCGUUUUCAAUGGAGAGUGCUAGCUUGGUAGACCCACACGUACAAAGCGAUUCUCUCCCUCCUUCAUCUUUUCUCAAAUGGUUACCUAGGUUGAGCCGCACCAGAAAUAUCGAUGCUGAUGGGACAAAUGAUUCUGGACUGCCUUCAGAUUCCAGAAGUAUAAUUAGCACGAACGGGCUAAAUGGCAGCUCUUCGAUUAUCCCCAGUCAAAGCGAACUGAAUUCACCAAUUGCCAUUGACCAGGAGAGAGAAAUGGUUACUGAUAUUGCAGGCAAUGAUGUUGUGGUGAAUGGAGAUUUAAACUGCGAAAGAUCCCAGAACGAAGACCAGAGAGACGAUGCUGUUGUUGGGAAUGAGGAUGUAAACUGCCAAAGAUCUCAGGAUGAUUUAAGAGGCAAUGCUGUUGUGGAGAAUGAAGAUGUAAACUGCGAAAUAUCUCAGCAGAAUGAUCAGACAGUUAAUGCUGUUAUUGAGAAUGAAAAUGUAAACUGCGAAAUAUCUCAGAAGGAUGAUCAGACUGCAGGCAAUGCUCUUGUGGUGAAUGAGGAUGUAAACUGCGAAAGAUCUCAGAAUAAGAGAGUUACGAGGUCUAGCAAGAAAGUUCAUCCACCCCCGCUUAGAACCUAUGCCCUCCGGAACAAGACCACAAAGAAGACAGUUGCAGAACGAGUAGGAAACAAGAGAGCUGAGAAACAACCAAUUGUGGAGCAGCUGGCUGUGACUGAGACAGCUGCUUGUGUUGAAGACACGGAGCCUGAGGAACCUGAGAGUACAAGUCUUUUCAUCGGUGGGGCGCCCACUAGGAGAGCUCGGAAGGUUCGGACGCGGAGACUCGCCGACCUCAGUGCCAAACCUAACACCCGAAGAGUAGAGAGUUCUUCGAGAAAGGAACCGGUUAGAGGUCAAAAGAGACAGUCCCCACCUGCAAGCAAGAAAGUAAGCACAGCUGGUGCAGCUUCAGGAAAUGCCUCCAAAAGCGUUGACUCUAAUCAUGGUGGUACUGAAUCAACUGAAAGUGGGUUUGACAUAGAUCCUAUCAAGGGUAAGAAGAAGAACGUAAGGUUCCAGGUUGAUGACGAGCCUGAUACAGAUCCUGAGGUUGAUGACGAGGAUGAUUGGAAUCCUCGUCCUCCGAGGGCUAAGAGAACUAAGAAGGUCAAAAUAUCCAAAAAUAAGAGAGCUACACCAGCGAUAGAUCCCAGUAACAAGGCUUCUUCAAGCGUGCAACCAUCACCGAAUGAAAACGAGACGGUUCCUUCAAGUGUGCAACCAUCACUGAAUGAAAACGAGACGGUUCCUUCUCCUCCAAGGGAACAGAGAACAGAGGAAAGGGUGGGCACUUCACUUGACGAUCAGUUGGCUUCAGAAGGAUGUUUCAAAAAACCUAACCCUCCGGUUAAUAAUGAAAGGCAAGAGAAUAAUCGUAUGAGGAGGUCAGGGUAUGUUCCAGUGUUUGGUAACCCUUCUAUACCAAGCACGGGCAGAGGGCUUGGAACUGGACCGGGUGCUAUUUACUUCGGUAGCCCCAGUAACACUCAAGGAAACACCCCUCCUCCUACAGUUGCUGCAGGUCAAUCUUCCGUGCCGCAAAAGGAUGCUUCUAUACCAAACAAAGGUAGAGGGCUAGGAACUGGACAUGGUGCUAUUUACUUGGGUACUCGCAACAACAACACAAAAAGAAGCACGCCUUCUUCUACACAAGUUGUAGUUCCAUCUACCGUGCCGCAAAAGGAUUCUUCUAUACCAAACACAGGUAGAGGGCUGGGAACUGGACCGGGUGCUAUUUACUUCGGUAGAAGCAGAAUCAACAACACCAACAGCAACGUAAGAAGCACCCCUCCUUCUUCAGUAGUUGCCCCUCAGUCUUCCGUGCCGCAAAAGGAUGCUUCUGUACCAAACACAGGGAGAGGGCUGAGAACUGGACUUGGGGCUAUUUACUUGGGCGGUAAUAACAAUCAAAGGAACACCCCUUCUAAAGCAACUGCAGCUCAGUCUUCCGUGCCGCAAAAGAAUGCUUCUCUUUCAGACAGAAAAGGGAAGGGAGUUAUGGUCCAAAGCCAACAUGAAACGGAGAACACACAAAACGACGGUCUUCCCAACAAAGAAGUGGCAAGGAGCAACAACCUACCUCAAGAGGUACCACAAAACCCAAAAACACCGUUUCUGUUUGACCUCAAUGAGACGUAUGAGGAGAAUGUUACCUCGCUGGAGGACAACACCAAUGCAGCAAGGGAAGAAUACCGUGUCCCGGUUAGAUCAGAACAGACACCAAGGCAGAACUCUUACAGGGCUUCUUCAUCAGUGAUGCCACCUCCGGUGCAAGAAAGCCGACGUAGCCCAUUUAUAUUUCCUGGACACAACCCCCAGCGGAUGGGGAAUGUGCCAAUGGCUAGUCCUUACCAUCAUCCAUCUCCAUCCACGUAUCCGGUAAGACGUGUUCCUCACCAGUUCAGAGCACCUUCUCCUCCAGUUUGGGCAUCAUCCAUGAUGCCACCACAGUAUCAUCAUCAUCAUCAUCAUCUCAGUCCUCCUGCUCCUUUCAACGUGGAUUAUUCUAGUAUGUUUGCACAAGCACCGAGCAGUGAUAUGUGGAAUCUCAGCUAUUUGGGGGCCAGCUUGUUGAACCAAGCAAUGAUGAGCCGCAUGGAUCCUCGCUUUAGAUCAAACCCUCCCGUUGACCACCACGGGAACUUUGUUUUCCCUCCAAGACAUGUUCACCCAGUUAACCAGUUUAACCAGCUUGUAGAGCUUCAACGUAGUCAUGAAAGGACGCCGGCGUUUCCUAGAACCAUCAUUAGCCAAGGCAGAUUCCAGCAAAGGAGAAACGUAGCGAGCUCCAGCAAUGUCUCUGCAUCGCCUGCAGAGAACAGUUCUGCUUCCUCUGUGUGCAUCGUUAGUCGUUACCCUGGUGAGAUCACCGAUGUCGAGACUUACAUGGUUGGGGAAGAAGAUCUCCAUGUGCCUGAGCGCAUGGCAGAGUUUGAGGAUCAAUUUGGUCCAGCUACAGAAAGUGGCUAGAGGAAGACAACGUGGAAGAUAUUUGUGCAGGUAACUUGCUUAUAUUUAAUCGUUUAUUAGAAUUUUCUUGGUUUAUCGAUCUUUAAAAUCAAUGACUUAGUAAAACCGUUUUUUUAUUUAGUGCUUGAAACUGAAACUACCAUUUGCACCUUACGUAGUGUUUUGUCUGCAUUGCUAUUAGUUAGAACUGAGCUUUAUUUGAUGUUUGGUUAGUAGAACAGACUUUUAUCAGUCUCUUUCUCAGAAUCUUUGUCUCCGGUUCUAAGUUCUAACAAAACAUGUGUUUGCGUAAAUGUGAAACAGGUACUGGGAGGAAGAGAGUUACAAAGAGACGCCAGUCCUGCUGAAAUCAAGAAAACAGUGAAGUCAAUCUUCCCAGUUCCUCCUGUUCUUGGAUUUUUGAACUUUUUUUUUUUGCUAAAUUGGAUUUUUGAACUUUCACAUUCCUAUCUUUUUCUUUUCAAUUAUUAUGUUUGGUAACGCAUGUGCGUGUACCUCAAGUUACUAUGCUACCCUUGUUGGCUUUCGUUCUUUGUUUUAUUGGGAUUACAUUUCAGAAUUAUUUAUUUAUUAAUUCCGCUGGAUUUAUCUUUUUGGAUCGACCAAAAUGUUGCCGUUUUAGCCGGCUUGAAGUUCUCUUUUACAUUGCCAUCUUUCUAAACUUGCAGGAAAACCUUUUAAAAAAAUACAUUAUAAAUAGUUUUGGUUUGUUGAUUCUAUUGCUUGGAUAAUGAUAAAGUUGGAAGAGGCGGGUAAGAAGAGAUGGUUCUUGUAUAGGAAGUGGAAUUUGGAAGCCAGAGUGAGGAGAAAGUAUAAAACGGUUUCAUCAAAUGUAACAUGACAAGAAAGGAAGAUACACAAAACUCUAAACUUAAGUAUAUCUACAGUUAAAGACCUGAAAAGAGUUCGCCCUAACGCUCCCAGGCACGGGGCUCGAGGUUCACCGAGUUUCAAUGUCUUCCGGCGCCGGCGACGCGUUUUCUCGCCGGCGCUGGCCUGUUUCGUCGAUGCCGUCUCCUACAUUCAUCUCACUGCUCAUUGUUCACUUCAAAUUUCAGAUGCUACGGAGUUGUAGCCCUCUGCAAACCGAAGAAAGGGAUACCCGACGAAGCCUUUGUCGGAAACAUGAGCAUUGGUUCAUCGUCUCCACUGUAGUCCUCCCGACGGUUCUUUCUACUUGUUCGGUCUGCUCUCCAGCGAUGAGUCGAGAGGAUUCUCUCGCCACCGUUGUUAUCAGGUUCACGGGAACGUUUCCCGGCGAACUUCACUCUGUUUGUCAAUGGAAAAGUUAUACCGUCGACCUAAGCCGCGCUCUUCAAUUUCUCAUGGAGCCAAGAUCUCAACGCUCAAACUCUUACUUUCCAUCUCCGGGAAGUGAGACAGCAAAACUACCUUGUGUGGCUCCUUUCCACUCAAAUGGCGCCAGAGUGCAAAGAAACUCAAGCUCAGAUCCGAAUCUCAUCGGAAGAUCUUCACUUUCCCUGCCUCCUACUGAGCUGCCAUCUACCCUUGUGUGCUCUUUCCUCAACGGCGGAUAUGCAUAUCUUCACCGAACGUCUCUUUCUUCAUCCAGGUUCGAUGGUCACUCAGCCUGCUCCGGUGAGCUCGUCUCUCCACCGCCGGUGAGUACCACGUAUUGCUCAGUCGACGUCGGCUGCACCAUCUCCGACCUUCAAUUCAGAUCCACCACGUCUCGCACUGUGUCGGCGUUUACUUUGGAAUCAAAGAGAUCUGUACCUAAGUGGGCCUGGCCCAUUUCCUUUUCUCUAGCAACUAAGCCAACUACCAAGAAUCUAAAGCCCAUAUUCUCAAAUCAAAACAUGCGAUAUAUAUCUACGGGUAUGGUUUCGUUGGUUAUUUUGAAGACGUUCGAAGGGUUCUUUGAGAUGUAUAAUCUGAGAUUAUUGCAAUAUCAAUUCUUUGUGAAGAAUUUCUUUAUGGGUUCACCAACUCUGGUAUGGGUUUCAUCAUCCUCUUCAAAUGAGGAGAGUAUUUCACAACUAUGCCUCCCUUCAAUGAAUGGAGAUGCUCUUUCGGAUUCUCUGCUGAGUCCUUGUUUCAACUUAUUCACCUGUUUGUUAUCUUGCGUAGCGGUCUGUAUGGGGCCAGAAGGUGCAAUCGAGAUUACUUCGGUUUUUCUCGUUGGUGAGGGUUGUUCCUCAACGUCACUUGUGACUAUUUCUCAGCUAUCCGACUUUGUUGUAGCUUCUUCGAUGCAUUCAAACUUUGUUUUGAAUUCGGUGUCAACUUCAUAUGAAGAUUUAUCCUGUUUGAUCUCAUUAGUUUAUGAUUUGUCUUCAAGAG